ACUGACUGAAGUCCAGAAGAUGAGUGUUUGUGUGGAGGAAGAGGAGGACAGAGCAGAGUCUCCAGGAUCCAGCUGUCUGUCUAUGAAGAGGGGCCGGUCCAAAGCGGAUCCUCCAGGCUUCAGUGAUGAACCUGGACCCUCAGACACAAAACUGACUGAAGUCCAGAAGAUGAGUGUUUGUGUGGAGGAAGAGGAGGACAGAGCAGAGUCUCCAGGAUCCAGCUGUCUGUCUAUGAAGAGUGACCAGUCCAAAGGUCUUUCUCUAGACUUCAGUAAUGAACCUGGACCUUCAGACACAAAAGUUGAGUCCAACAGACAGAGAGCAGAGUCUCCAGGAUCCAGCUGUCUGUCUCUGAAGAGUGACUGGUCCAAAGGUUUUCCUCCAGACUUCAGUAAUGAGCCUGGACCUUCCGUCACAAAAGAGAGGAAGAGGAGUCAUGUUUCUGUGGAGGAGCAGCCGUCCUGCUGUGCUUUGUGUCAGGACGUCCUGAAGGAUCCAGUCUCUACCAGCUGUGGACACUGGUUCUGCAGACACUGCAUCACCUCAUACUGGGACCAGUCUGCUUCAUCAGGAGACUCCUCCUGUCCCCAGUGUGGAGAAAGAUCCAGAACAAGACCUGGACUACAGACUAGCACUGUACAAAUGAGUGGUGGUCUGCAGGAGGUUUUAGAUGAACAUAAGAUCAGUCUGAGGAGAAGAUGUGAACGUGUGACUGAAGGAAGUGAUGAAACAGGAAGUGGAACCCUCCUCAACAGGAUCUACACUGAGCUCUACAUCACAGAGGGACAGCGUGAAGAGGUUAAUACCCAACAUGAGGUGAGGCAGCUUGAGACAGCUUCCAAGAUGGAGACCCUCCAUGACACUCCAAUCAAGUGCCACGACAUCUUUAAAGCCUUACCCGGCCAACGGGGACACAUCAGAGUCGUUCUGACAAACGGCGUCGCUGGCGUUGGAAAAACCUUCUCGGUGCAGAAGUUCACUCUGGACUGGGCAGAGGGCUUGGAAAACCAAGACGUCAGUCUGCUGAUUCUGCUUUCGUUCAGGGAGCUGAACUUGAUCAGAGAUGAGCGGUACAGUCUUCUCCAGCUGCUCCAUGUUUUCCAUCCAACAUUACAGAAGGUCACAGCAGAGAAGCUCGCUGUCUGUAAACUUCUGUUCAUCUUUGACGGCCUGGAUGAAAGCAGACUUUCACUGGAUUUCCACAACAAUGAGGUCGUGUCUGAUGUCACACAGAAGUCAUCAGUCAACGUGCUGCUGACAAACCUCAUCGAGGGGAAUCUGCUUCCCUCGGCUCUCGUCUGGAUCACUUCCCGACCUGCAGCAGCCAAUCAGAUCCCUCCUUCAUGUGUUGACAGGGUAACAGAAGUACGAGGCUUCACUGACGCCCAGAAGGAGGAGUACUUCAGGAGGAGAGUCAGUGAUGAAGAGCUGUCCAGCAGAAUCAUCUCCCACAUCAAGACAUCCAGGAGCCUCCACAUCAUGUGUCUGAUCCCAGUCUUCUGCUGGAUCACUGCUACAGUUCUGGAGCACAUGUUGACUACAGACCAGAGAGGAGAGCUGCCCAAGACCCUGACUGACCUGUACUCACACUUCCUGCUGGUUCAGACAAAGAGGAAGAAGCAGAAGUAUGAUGAGGGUCAUGAGACGAGUCCACAGGAGCUGACGAAGGCUGAUAGGAAGGUUCUUCUGAAGCUCGGGAGGCUGGCGUUUGAACAGCUGGAGGAAGGAAACAUCAUGUUCUACCAAGAAGACCUGGAGCAAUGUGGUCUGGAUGUCUCAGAGGCCUCGGUGUACUCAGGAGUCUGUACAGAGAUCUUCAAAAGAGAGAGUGUGAUCUUCCAGAAAACAGUCUACUGCUUUGUUCAUCUGAGCGUUCAGGAGUUUCUGGCUGCCGUCUACAUGUUCCACUGUUACACCGACAGGAAGACAAAGGUACUGAAGACAUUUCUGGAAGAUGAUGAUGACGACAGGGACUCAAACCCAAAGUCUUUUCUCAAAAAGAUUUUUAAGACUUUUGGAAACAACGAUAGCCCAUCCCUGGCUGUCUUCCUAAGGAGAGCCAUGGCGAAAUCUCUCCAAAGUGAAAAUGGCCACCUGGAUCUGUUUGUUCGCUUCCUUCAUGGCCUCUCUCUGGAGUCCAAUCAGAGUCUCUUAGGAGGCCUGCUGGGUCGGACAAAGAACAGUCCAGAAAUCAUCCAGAGAGCCAUCAACAAACUGAAGGAGAUGAACAGUGAUGAGAUCUCUCCUGACAGAAGCAUCAACAUCUUCCACUGUCUGAUGGAGAUGAACGACCACUCAGUACAUCAGGAGAUCCAAGAGUUCCUGAAGUCAGAGAACAGAUCAGAGAAGGAACUCUCUGAGAUCCACUGCUCAGCUCUGGCCUACAUGCUGCAGAUGUCAGAGGAGGUUCUGGAUAAGUUGGACCUGAAGAAGUACAACACAUCAGCGGAGGGACGACGGAGACUGAUUCCAGCUGUGAGGAACUGCAGAAAGGCUGUGUAA